AUGAAUGACCACUUUGGAAUAGGCGCUUUCUUUAUUGUCUUGAUUAUAGUCAUACAAUCAAUCAUUGGAAGCUACUUUUCUUUCAAAAAUUUUAAAUACUUUCAUCAAACAGGAGUUGCUAUUUUACUUGGAAUCCUCGUAUCUGCUAUCACUUACUAUGGACUGGAUUAUCAAGUCAAGUUAGAAAAAAAGAUCUUUGUUUACGUAUUCUUGCCCGCUAUUGUGUUUAGCGAAGGUUAUUCACUAAAAAAGAAGAUAUUCUUUAAUAACAUGACAUAUAUUCUUAUUUAUGGAUUUUUAGGGACUAUUAUAACCUUUACAUUUUUAGCUUUUUCUAUGAAUUAUAUUCAAAAUAAUGGGUUAAUUUCAAUUGAAAGCAAUCGCAAACAUAGUAAUGAAGCAGAUUAUGUUCCAACAGAAGUAUUUCUUGGUACUAAGGAAAUUAUUCUAUUCAGUGCUGCUCUUAGUUCUAAAGAUAGUUUUUUGGGUUCCACUAUGGUAGAUCAUCAUGCUUAUCCAACUCUUUUUCACAUAGUUUUCGGAGAAGGUAUAAUGAACGAUGCAACUUCUUUGGUAGUAUUUGAAAGCUUUGAAUAACUUAUUGAACAUGAAUCUAAAAUGAGUUGGAGUACUAUUCCAUAUGUAUUUGGUUUAUUCUUUGUCAGCAUUAUCUUAAGUGUUUUAUCAGGAACUUUUUUUGGUGUUAUUUGCACGCUUAUUUUAAAGCAUAUGAAAUUUCUAAAUGAAACAGUUAUCCAUGAAAUCUUGAUUGUGUUUAUGUGCAGUUAUUCUAGCUAUUGUAUCAUUGAAUACUUUUAAUAUUCAGGAAUUAUCUCUCUCCUUGUAAGCGGAUUUAUAGUUGGUUAUUAUGGAUUCCACAAUCUUUCUGAUAAAGCUAAGAUUUGCGCAAACGUUACUUUCUAAACUAUAUCUAGCGGGGCAGAAAACUUCUUAUUUGCUUUUGUUGGUUUUACUACAUUUUCUUUCUACUAAAACGCAUGGAGCUAUUCUUUAAUUGGAUGGAUUAUACUUAUAUUGAUAAUAAGUAGGGUAUUUUAAGUCUUUGUCGUGAGUGCCAUUUUUAGAUUAUUUUACAGAAAAACACCAUUUAUUGUUAAAUUAAGGGAGCAAACUGUUUUAUGUUUUACCGGAGUAAGUAGAGGUAUAUUAGGUUAUAUUUUGAUGGACUAAGUUCAUUCAGAUGACUUUUAAGAUCUUUUAAAUAGCACUAUGAUUGGAGUGCUUAUCAUAACUACUCUUUUCUUCGGUAUUAUAAAUCCUAAAGUUAUUGAAUGUGUUUUACCUGCUCCAUAACAUCACAAUGUUGAGCAUUAAAAAGAUGCCCAUGCCCAUGAAAAAAAAACUAAAUUAGAAACAGAACUAGGCAGCUCUAAAUUACAUGACUUAAAGCAAGAUCAUGACCUAAAAAAUUAUAAAGUAGAAUAAUAAAUGGCUUGCUAAUAACUAGAAAAAGUUGAUAAUAACAUUAUUAGUUUAGAAAAUGUUGAACUUGAAAAUUAAGAUAAAAAGGACUAAAAGGGUUAAGAAAACACUAAAUCUGAAAAAUAAAAAUAAAAAAGUAAAGAUGAGAUAAAAAACAACAACAAUCCAAGCAAUAGUAAAGCAGAAAUACAAUAAGAUCCUUAAAUGACACAAAAAUUUAAUAAUCUUUUUCAUUAUGAUGAAAGUUAAUUCGACCCAGAGUACUUUUUUGUUAAAAAACAAAAAAUAUAAGCUCUUCUUAAUAACAAAUAUGACCCUGAAUUGUUUGCUUCUAAAAUCAGAUUCAAAAUUAGCAGAAUCAAUGAAAAAUAUAUCAAACCUUUUCUAAUCAGAGACUACAAAUCUAAAUUAGAUGAGUUUAUCAUCGCUAGUAGAUUCCUAAGAGAAGAUAGAAUGUAACUAAUUAGACCUCAGCACCAAAAUAGAAAUUCUGCCUUUAUUGCUGCCAGCUUAAUAAGAGUAAAAAAUGUUCUCAAAAACAUCCACCAUUAAAAGAAAUAAGAAAAAGAAUAAAAACCUUAAGUGCCUGAUGAAGAAAAUAAAAAAUUUGUAAGUUAGAAAAAUAAUAGCAUCAGUUAAAAUAAAAUUGAUUGA